AUGCUCAACAUGGGCACCAGUGUCAUCACGGUCCGCGUUGGAUGUGAGCCCAAUCAUACCGACUUCACUGUUCACGAGAAUCUCAUCCGAGCGUCAUCCGAGUUCUUCCAGGCUGCCCUUGGUCGACCUUGGCGCGAGUCGCAGGAACGCAUCGUCCGGCUGCCUGAGUGUGAUGCAACGGUGUACAAAAUCUACAUCAACUGGCUCUACACCGGCCUUCUCUAUGCUGUACCUGCAGGACCUAGUAGCUCCAUCGGUGUCAGCUCGAGUCUCGUGCGCGGAUAUCUGCUUGGGGAUUACCUUCAAGACGCGGACUUCAGGGACAACAUCAUUGAUGCUCUUGUAGAGUGGAAUAAAGACGCAGAGACCGCUCAGCGGACCAGCUUCCUUUCUUCUUGGAUAGGAGCUGCCGAUGAUCAAACUUGUACGGGAGGCCCGCUCCAAAAGUUGCUGGUAGACAUGACAGUCUGGGAUACUUCCCAUGCUUGGUGGACCUCUGUCAUACCAAAGAUGCCUGUCAGUUUCGUCCAAGACGUUUGCGUUGGUUUCUCUGCACGCUGCCGUAUUGCGAGCAUCGCCAAUCCCCUGCGCCAGCAAUACAAACGUUGCACAUACCACUCCCAUGGAGACAAGGCUUGCUACAUCACCGAGCAGACGAGGUAA